AUGCCGCGUCCACGCCGCGUCCCCGUCGGGGUCGCCACCCUCCUCCUCGUCGGCGCCGUCGCGCUCCUCCUCUUUGCCGACGGAGCCGACGCCCGGGGCUACAGGAAGAGCAGCCAGGCCCAGGCGUCCCGCUACCUAGCCCCACACAACGCGGCCCGCCGCGCGGUCGGCGUGCCGCCGCUGGCGUGGAGCGCGGCGCUGGAGCUGAACGCGCGCGUGUACGCGCUGCUGCGCGCGCGCACCGGCUGCGCGCUCGUCCACUCGCACGGCGCGUUCGGGGAGAACCUCUUCUACGGCAGCGGCAGCGGCCGGUGGGCGCCGGAGACGGUGGUGGCGGCGUGGGUGGCGAAGGAGCGGGCCAUGUACGACCACGGCUCCAACACCUGCAGCGGCGCCCGGGGGGCGUGCGGGCACUACACCCAGGUCGUCUGGCGCGGCACCACCAAGGUCGGGUGCGCCAUGGCGCCGUGCCCCGGCGGGAAAGGCACGAUCGCCGUGUGCAAGUACAACCCGCCAGGCAACUACGUCGGCAUGAAGCCCUACUAG